AAGUUUUUAACCAAGCAAUUCACAAAACGUGAUUUAAAACAAACAAAAACACAAAUUCUACACAUACAUUGAAUUUGUUAUUCAAAAACUGUUCAUUCGAAUUAUAUCUUUAAAAAGCUUAUUCUCUUGAAUCGUUUUGUUAUAAUUUCUUCUUGUCUUCGUUCUUCUUCUUCAUUCAGCCAUUGUUAUCUGAGCUCUGUUAUUUAUCCUGUUCAAACAGAGGAAGCCCUAAAUUUGGAUUUUCCAUUCAAAAUUUCCCAAUUCCGCUAAUUUUGGAAUAAGGAAAAAAAAAACGAUAGAUUUGUUUCCAUUUUCUUUUUCUUUUUCCAUUUCCUUCGUUUUAUGAUCUGUUCAAGUGGAGGAACGAUCUUAAUAGCAAGAGGAAAAAAUUCAAUCCCCAGAUUACCCGUCACAGGGACUUCACUAAAUCACGCGAAUCGAAUUCGAAACAAUCUCCCGAUAAGUGUUACAGCUUUUCGACGAUCGUCAUCAUCGUCAUCGUCGUCAAUGGCGGUGCAAACAAUGUCGAUGGGAUCGGAUUCAUCAACUUUGAUUCUAACAUCAGGAGCCAGCGGUCGCGUUAGGGCACUCUUCUCGAUGCGAGAGCUCAAGCGCCUCGUUACGAUAAUCCAAUCGCUGAUUCUCUUCCUGCUCCUUCCGUUUCGCGUCGUCGUUUGGCGGCGGAGAACCGGUGCGGUGGUCAUCAGAGACGAGAAACAGGAGAGGAAGGUGUGGGUCUCGCCGCAGAUCGUGGUGAGGAAGAGGAACAUCGGCGGAGAAAUCGGCGCGAGCGGAUGCAGCGUUUCGCCUCCGUCGGUUCCGGCGGCGGUGGUGGAUGAGGAGGUUGCGAUUAGACGGGAGCUUGCGAUGAGGCGAGUUUUGGAGGAUGACGACGGCGAUGGAAGCUCCGUCAGAGAUUUUUCGCUUUUCACGACGAAGAGAGGCGAUACGUUGUUUACUCAGUCAUGGUCUCCUGUUUCCCCAAAUCACAGGGGACUUGUUGUUCUGCUACAUGGAUUAAACGAGCAUAGUGGCAGGUAUAGCGAUUUUGCAAAGCAGCUAAAUGCUAAUGGUUUCAAAGUCUAUGGCAUGGAUUGGAUCGGUCAUGGUGGAAGCGAUGGGCUUCACGCUUACGUUCCUUCCCUUGAUUACGCUGUCGCAGAUUUGAAAUCUUUCCUUGACAAAGUAUUCGCAGAGAAUCCAGGGCUCCCCUGUUUCUGCAUCGGACACUCAACAGGAGGAGCCAUCAUCCUCAAGGCUAUGCUGGAUCCAAAGAUUGAAUCUCGAGUUUCAGGCAUUGUUUUGACUUCACCAGCUGUUGGAGUCCAACCAUCGCAUCCAAUCUUCGCUGUUCUUGCUCCAAUCGUUGCGUUCCUCUUACCAAGGUAUCAAUUCAGUGCAGCAAACAAGAAAGGAAUGCCGGUUUCUCGUGAUCCACAAGCUCUUGUCACCAAAUACUCUGACCCGUUAGUCUUCACCGGAUCUAUCCGGGUUAAAACCGGUUAUGAGAUCCUCAGAAUCGCUUCUCAUUUGCAGCAAAACCUAGAAAAGGUGAAAGUUCCUUUUCUUGUUAUGCACGGUACAGCAGACACGGUGACGGAUCCCAACGCCUCUAAGAGGCUCUACGACGAAGCUUCUUCGUCUGACAAAUCAAUCAAGCUUUACGAUGGGUUGCUUCACGAUCUCCUCUUCGAACCUGAGAGAGAAAUCAUCGCUGGAGUCAUAUUAGAUUGGCUAAACCAGCGGGUUUAGCUCUUUCAAACCAACCAUUACUAUCAUGUCUAAUCAAGAAUUUCUUGAUUCAGACACGACAAAAAACGAAAAACAAAAACAAUUUCUCCGAAAUCUCUGGGUUAUUGACCGAGAAACGCAAGGAGGAAAGGAGUUCUUGGUCGAUUUAGCAACUUCUUGGUUGAUUUUUCUCAGCUUGGAUGUUGAAAGAAAUAAUGAAGAAAAAAAAAAGAGAGUCCUUAUGCUACUUGAGUACUUGAUAUAACAUUGGAGUCGUCUCAAAACAUUUUGACAACGGUAUAAUUGUCCUAAUAAAUCAAUAAUUUUGUAUCCUCGGAUUUUCAUAUUUUAUCUAUUUACUAUAAUACUAGUUACAAUAUGAAAUCGA